AUGACCGUAAGGGUUUACCUUUCUUUAUGUUAUAAGUAUAAUAUAACCUUUUCUUACAAUUACCCCCGACAUAAUACAGUACCUUAAAUUGUUAUUCUCAAGCCUCGUUCGUGCAGACGGACGUAAAAUUGUUGGCCAACAACUCCCAAGAUUGUUGGAUGUUACAUGUUGCGUCCGUUUGGACACCCUGUUGCAUGUUGUUGCGCAAAGUUUGAAACCGGUCAAUCUUGUGCAAACGGACGCAAUAACUCCCAAGAAAUGGUGCGUCCUUUUGCACGAGGCUUGAAGUUAAACCCUUGAAUCCAUUGUACAGGCACGGUAGAGUAUCAAUUAUAACAUAGCGCGCGUGUUCCCUAUAUAAGUCCUAUUUUGAGCCGCUAUGAACAAAAUCUUUAUUUACGCACCGUCAUCUUUAUUUACGCACGACGGUGCGUAAAUAAAGAUUUUUUUCAAGAUGACGUGUUCAGCUGUGUUUUUCGUCUCUUUAUUCUAAGUACCAAGUAACCAAAAAUCGACGGCAACUAUGAAAAACUUUCUAGGUUUUUUGAAACUGAGCUUCUGGCCACUCAAACCAACAGCAAAAGCGGUGAAGAUGUUUCGCAAAUAAUAGAGCCUGAAUCAUUGAAAAGUCUGCCGUAAAGAUUGACAUUCAGCUCGAAAAAGACCAAAAAUUGGUCAGUGUUGGGAAAUGUCCAAUUUGUCGCUAUAAACAAGUUUUCUGGAUUUCGCCGAGUAAAACAUAAACAUCUUUUUUUAGUCAGUGAAUCCAAACUAUUCCACGACUUCUUACGAACAAGUGAGUAUUUUAACUUUAGGUCAGGACUUUUAAGACUCUUUUACCUUUGCUUCUGCUUAGUUUCCAUUGAUCUUUAACGAAUAAAUAAGCAAAUUUUCUUUCUCAGUUUUACAGAAAGAAUUUCCUGUCAAAGUCGACGAUUGUGGCGUGUUUGUAACCAGCUAACAAAAGCGUUUGUUUUUCUGUGUUGCGCGCUACGAGAAUUUUGCAGUUAAUCAAAAAGCAAGCAAUUUUGGCAGCUAUGUUAUAAAUUUCUUUUAGCUGUGAGUAUAUCGAGUUAUGGAUGCACUUGAGAAGUUUGGAGAGCACUCAAGAAGCUAGAGUUGCUCUCGGCUGUGCCUCGAGCAACUCUUACGCAUCUUUCGUGCUCUCCAAACUUCCCGCGUGCAUCCAUAAUUCGAUACACGCACACUCAGCAUGAACAGAUUCUUAUAUAAUUUAUUUGAAUUUAUGGAUCUCGAUUAUAUUUCACUGCAGGUGAUUUCUUUUGUCGGCGCUGUUCUUUUAGUGGCAUGCACAGUAUCUAUUUCUUCAUUUGGCUCGGUAAAGGUAUGUGUAUUUUAUGAACUAAAGUAAUCAUGUUUUUUCCAGCAAAGACGAAACAACCUUUCAAAAGCCACAUUGUGUAGAGGACUUAAGUGAUUAGUGCCUUCCUGUUUUAAUAUAAGAAUUCCUUGUAUUAGAGACUUUAUUACAAUUGCCUUAUUUCAAACCGAUGGGGGCUGGGUAAGUGUCCGUACAUUAGAGGAUAAACAACAGGAGACCUACAAAAUCAAAAAGAGGAAACGGAGAUUUACACAAUCUUGUGCUAUUUCAGUCUUUGUUUUUACCACAUUUUGACGUCGUCUGUGAUCUAGUAUGAAGCUUUAGCAACGGCAACGGUGGCACGGCAACGAGAACGUCAAAACAGCUAGUAGUAGGUUUAUAUUAGUAGAACAACAACUUUGUUUUUACCACAUUUUGACGUCAUCUGCGAUCUGAUCUUUUUUGUGCAUUUCUUUGUCGUCACUACACGACUGCGAAGCGAAAAUGCCUUAUUGCACGUUUUAAAGGACGUAAACAAGCGACGACGAAUUUUUCUAAACUUGUAGUCCCCAUUAAAUCAACUCCUGGGAUAUUCCUUCAUUUGACAGUUUCAGCGAACUGGAAUAAGGCGGCAAAGGCGGAAAACACGCGAAUUCACUUUAAAAGUGACGUUUUCGCUGCCACCAAGUCGUCAAUACUAAUGCACCCUAUUUACUGAACAGACGCACGGCAACACGGAAUCUAUUUGCUAAAUAGACCUCCUACUGAUGUGUUCGGCAAUUCAUACCUCUCCUAGGACGUUUUCCCGUGGAGGGUCACAUUUGUCAGAACUGACCGGCCAGACCAUUCCCGUCUCAAUGAUAAUUUACCUUUUAAUCAAAACUCUCCAGCUAGAUCAGCCUAUUCCAUUUUCAAACUGACUGGUCGGGCAAUGGUGCGGCCGGCCAGUGUUGACAAAUGGACAGCGCCCUUAGUAAAUUUUCAAGUUUUUAAAUAGCUGUACCCUGUUCAAUAUUGGCUUGAUUAACACCAACCUGAGAAUUUUUCUAGCCUCAAAGUGCUGAAUAUGUGGGUCUCGUUGUUGUUUAACCCAUAAUACAUGCCAUUGAAUGCCCUCUGGGUACAGAAACAAAUAUGCCUAGGAGAAUGUAUUUAAUAAUACGUUAUCCUUAUUAUUCAUUCAAAAUAUUUCUCUGUUUCCGAUUGAUUCAAAUCGCUGGCUAAUUCUUCAUAUUUGCAAGCGUUGACAAAAUUUGGGAGAAAGACGUUUGUGAUAUUCGAUAAAAUGCCUCAGAAAAAAGUGCAGGUUAUCAUCAAAAAAGGCUCGAAAACCGAAAAGCCGUGGAGACGACGUUGUCAACCGACUGCCUCAAAGAUAGCAAAACCACAAAAUGUGACUAAACGGAUGAUCAACAACUGCUACUUGCACAAUAUCUGCUUGAAUAAACAUCCCUUUGUAACCUUAAUUUGUCGAAGAACAGGCAAAUGAAGAUUAAACUGUUCAUCGAUCGAGGUAAGCAUGUUUUAUUUUUAAGUAUCUGUUAUUUUAAAUAAAUAAAGAAACAAUUAUUGAAUUGGGCUUUUGUGCCGACGUAGACCCUCCACGAUCUGCGUAAUAUUCAGAUCACAUUCAGCCUCAUUCAAUAAUUGCUAAUUGUCAAAAUGAGUUUUUAUCCCUUCUCGUCUAGAAUUUAUUUUUUCGCACUGGAAUAGUUAGUGUAUGCUAAUUUUAUAUUGUAAGAAUUGUGAAGUACAAUAGAAGAAUAAAAUACACCAUGACUGAAGAACAAACAAACAGUGGCAAAGGCAGAAGGCAGGUAACUUGUCCUUUUUUUUUACAGGUGGAAAGGGUUUUAGAUGAUCACUCACUUAUCCCUAAAAGGGAAGGUAAAUGCAAGAAUGCUGCCUUUAGUCUUGCUUUGAAUUUUCUCUUUUCUCGUUAGAUCGUCACUAUCUUGGCAUUGUGAAUUCCACCAUCAUUAUCAUUAUCAAUAAUGCCAUGUCAGCAUUAUCAUCACCCUUGUUCGUUGUUGUCCUAACUCAUACUCGGCCUAAGUGAAAACGUUAUCUACAUGGUUCAAUGUAACCGUUGUAAUUUACAAUAUAUAGCUGAAACUAAGCGACGUCUCAAGGACAAAUUUAACGAACCCAGACGUGCAGUCGACAAAACUAACAUUAAAUCUAAACCCACUACUGUUUCUGAACACUUUCUCUCUCACUCUAACUAUUCUCAUAUUGACAUGCAGUUAAUCCCACUAGAGAAAAUUCAUUCUUCACGUGACUCAGUUCUUAAGGCCAGGGAGUCGCAUUUGAUAGAUAAGGCCUAAACCACCGUGACAAAUUAUUGUAAUCCAUAUCCUUAGUAUUUUUCCUCUCCAGUUUUUGUGUUGUACGUCAUUUCCGCCUCUCCCUUUUAAACAAUUUUUAUUGCGACAUUCUCCAUCUGUAUAAUAUUGUGAUUCCUACAUAAGUUCAGUAACAUCUGUAAACCUGAAGAAGGCUGGUAUGGCCAGCCGAAAUAUUGUUAUAAAAAACAAUACACGUUGUUAUGAAUCAGCUUUGCAGUAGUCUCUGGACUUAAUUCUCGUUUUUGAUAUUUUUUAUCCUAUGUAAUCACCAUUAUUACGGUCGUCAUCAUCAUCAUCAUCAUCAUCAUCAUCACAUUGUCGUCGUCCUCCAGCAUAGCACAGUGCUGGAAACAAUGAAAAAGAAAUUAUACCUAAUUCAUUUCCGGUUAUUGUCCUCUUCUCAAUUUUGUUAUUUUUUCCUCGCGGUUUCCCUCCUUGUUACGUCUCUAAUGCACUGUAUUUAUUCAUGAUAUUUCAGUGCCAGUGGGUUUCGUGGAAAUCGGCUGCUAUCGUUUAAAAACAAUAAAGAAUAGAGAAGGUUUGGGGACUUAUACAUCUAAAGAUAUAUCAAUAGUGAUGGAAAACUGCAAUAAAAAAGCUGAGCAGAAAGGACACCAUUUCUUUGGAAUAAAGCGAAAAAAAGGCAACAAUAAGUACAUGUGCGUAACAGGGGAGAUCAAGAACGCUAAAAGAGCGAAAAGAUGCAACAAAAAAAUUGGAGGAAUAUUUUCAGUCUUCAUGUAUUACAAUAAAAAAACAGGUUUGUAAAUAUUAAAUCCAAACGCUUUGUUUAUGUUGCCUCAUGUAAGGCAAUCCAAGACAGUCUCGGAUUCUGGAUCCAACGCCUUAUAUUCCGGAUUCCAGCCACUGGAUUGCGGAUUGUUUGUUUGUGAUUAUUGGAUUCCAGGUCCCAAUCAUUAGUGGGAUUCCGGAUUUCGUAAGCUGUAUUUCGGAUUUUAGUUCCCAAGAUUUCGGAUUCCUUAGAUAAAAUUCCAGGAUUUCGGAAGCCAGAGGCAAAAAUUUCCUGGAUUCAGAAAUUCGGAUUCUCUUUAAUUGGGCCAUUUAUGCAUUCUAGUGCUUUGUGGCAGGGAAGGGUACAUUUCUUCGUUUUUCAUAACACUAUAACGUUUCUUGCCGUCCGUUUAUGGAAUAAUAAAAGGAUAAAGAAAGUACUACCGUAAAAUAAAGACACCAAUAUAAGGCGAGGAAAUUAUCGGUCAUCCCGAUUGAAUAAUAAAAAUGCUUUCAGCUGUACGCACGGGCGUAUUGUGGGUAUAUGGAUGCUACGCUCCUGCCUUUAAAGUGCGGUGCAGACAACCAAAGGAACUUCUGCUUUCUUAUUUAACAGAUAUCCCGUCUCAACCGUGCAAGUUUGGAAACAAAUCAUACUCAGAAGGACAACACAUGGAUCGGUACCAGCCCACUGACAACAUUUGUGAAGCUUGCAAGUGUUCUCAAGGAAAGUUCGAUUGUAAAACGAAAUGGUACUGUGACACUGAUCUUAAGGCCUGCGAUGAAUAUCACUUUCCGGAUGGAAGUUGCUGUCCGGAAUGCAAACUUCCCUGUAAGGUUCAUAACUUCUUAAUAAACUAAACAGUAUAACGGAUCUCUUUUUUAAUUGAUAGACGAUAUAACGAACGGGCUUGCUCACCUGUUAUAGGGAAAGGUAUGAAGCAGGGCCCCAGUUGUUUAAAAGGUGCGAUUCCCUUUACUGGAUAGUAUAAUAUUCUGCUCUGGGUAUUAUAUUGUUAUUCAUGAAAUGCAAAUAAGGUAUGGAGAAUCGCUCUCCGAUCUGGCUGUUGGUACAAGCCAAAACCGAACGAAAAAGAUUGGUGUUUGCCCUCCAAAAACCGACUACCUCGACCGAGGGGAAGGUGGGUCGCUAGUCUUUACGACUGCAACGACAGCCUAGAGUAGAGUGCUAGGGGUGGACCCAAAGCAAUCCUUUUAUUGUCGUAAUUUACAUAUCCCCGGGGCAUUUUAUUCAUACAUGCAAAUGACUUUGCAUAGCGCAACUUUAACUCUUUUUAAUACUUAUCCAACGGAUAGUGACAUAUCUAGCGAAUAGCUUUAUCCACCAUGUAAAAAACUGGGCCAGAACUAAGACUGAGUUACAGCAGCCAACACUUUAUCCAAGUCUUUUGGGACGCUAUUUAGGGCUUUUUCCGUAGCAACAAAUAUUAGUACUUUCCAGUACUUACCUGUAAAGAGAAAGAAGGGUGUCCGCUUUUUAGCCGGCUUCAGUAACUGUUUUAUCGUCGGAAACUAUAGCUGUUGGCCUCACAUUAGGGUUAACAGUAAUAUGAAAAUCAUGAUAGGUGGGAGCUAUAGGCCGCCUGACUGGAAAUGCAGCCAACCAACACAGACACCAUAUGUAUCCUUUUAAUAGAUUUAUUUGCCCAUUUUAUAGCAUACCAGAAGAGCAUAAUGUCCAUGAUGAAUAUACAAUUUUAGCCCCAUUUCAAAGGAAAUUCAAGGCAGUCUCGGAUUCUGGAUUCCAAGCAGUGGAUUCCGGAUUCCAGGUAGUUGAUUUCUUGUCAGUGGACUUGGAUUCCGAAUUCCGAAGCUUUGGAUUCCAGAUUCCAAAAGCAAAAUUUCCCGGAUUCUGCCCGGGUUAACCUUGAAAAGUAUAUCAACAUUUAAAAAAGGGAUAAGAAUUAUUACCCUUAUCAGUGGUAUUGGUCUUCUUUGCGGUUUAUAACUUGCCGAAAUAUUAACCGGUCUUUCCUUUUUUCUUCUGCCUCUAAUAAUGCGGGGUUAAAAAUAAGCAACUGAAAAGCAAAGACUGAGCUAUGAAAAUGUUUGUUAUUUUGGGUUGUGAUUUACAACCUGGAAAGCCAUUGUGACGUGAUUUUGUGUUGUUCCAGUGAAAACUAUCACUGACUCCUAGGCCGUUAAUUUGCAGCAUGUGGAGAGAGAAAACCUGGUGAAAGUUGGUACAUACCAGGCGAAACAUGGCCGACAAACCUCGAGGACUGCGAGUAUUGCCAGUGUAAACCUGGAGACAUAAGGGACUGCGAGAAGAUAUUAAUGUGUUUGAGACCAAAGUGCCAGAAUCCUGUUAUCCCAGAAGGAGAAUGUUGCCCAGCAUGCCAGGGUAGGUGUUAGAUAUUUCAGGGAGCAAGAAUCGAUGGGAGACUGCGCCUUUCAAACCCGUAUAAGAUGCAGAGGUUUCUAAAUCUACGGUAAAACGGGCAACAAAUAUGUGCCAAUUGCUGCAGAACGUGUUGAAAAGCACCACCCAAGUUCAGACUUGUCUUGCAGCAACCAAAGCUUGCUGCAAUUUGCGUUAAUACUGACUUCUGAUUGGAUAAAAUUACGCGGGAGUCACGCCAUAUACAGGAGUUGCGUCACUUGCUGCAAAAUAAGUUUGCCUUGGGCAGGUAAAACGCGCAACAUGCUCAGAUUUUGUUCCAAAAUGUAGAACUACUCUCUACUUUCUGCAACAAAUUUUUUGCAGCCUGAAACAACCUGAUUUGUUGCAAGACAGGUUUGAACGUGGCUAAAACGCGCAACAUUGCUUUUUACCUCGUUUUGCAGCAAUGCCUGCAAAAUAAGUUGGUAACAGAGAGAAUGACUCCCGUUAUUAUACAUUAAUGUUUUCAGAAAAGUAAGACUGUAUAAAGCUUGAUCUAGAUUUAGUUUCAGUCUGUUUAUUAUUAAGAAGAAUUUAUAUUACAGAGGUGUGUAUAGAUGUGAGGAUCGACUGAGUUACUAACUUACCUGGAUUUAUGAAAACCGGGUUUUCUUUUCUUAUUUUCAAAAGUGGGUCGCUAAGCUUUGGGGUCUGUUUUCAUGGUUUCUUCCAAACUAGUGUUGGAUCUGCUCUAGUCUUAGCUUUACACCUGUUGCUUGCAGGAUAUUGAAGCUCCCUGAUUAAAGCUAACCUACUCCUGUGGUUAACUUUGUUUUGUUUUUUUGUGGCGAGAAAAGUACAGCCGUUCUGACUGGCUCAAUGUUGACCUUACGCAAUAUUAGGCCGUAUCAAGGAACGGAAGUUCUAGAUUUCCAAUUGGCUGCUUUACAGCCGAUCACAAGGGAUGGAUCACAGAUCCUCUUGUGCUUGAACGACAUGAAGCUACACAUUGUUCCAUUUUUGUGUAGCCCUUUGUCUUGGAGUAUAAUUUAAAAUGUAUACUGUUUUCUGUGGCCAAGAAGCAAAAAAAAAACGUUUGGCCGUAUUAACGGGUGACCGUAUUAAUGAGGUAUUUUUAGAAGAAAAGUUUAGCCGUUUUGCCAGGCGGCCAAUAGAAAGUGGCUGUGAGGUGACCGUAUUUGCAACGAGGUGGCCGGAAGGCGGGGCUUCACCGGUACAGUAGUCUUUUUGAAAAAAAGAAAUCACUUUAAUUUGAAGUUUAAAAGUUUGAAAAAAACCCGUGUUUUUCAAAACGUUCGAAUGGAUCGAAACGCAGUCUCCGACGCCCUAGUCCCACCACCCCACCCCCCUUUGAGAGUUAAGCCUCCGGCUUGGUUUAGUCCGUCUCCUCGUUGGAUGGCAUCCCCCCGUAAAAUAUCCCGACUACUGUCCUGAAAUGUUCUAAAAUUUUCGUCAUUUUUCAAAAUUUGACUUGCUGAAAUGCUUCUAGAGAUCACUAAGUUACUACCCGGCGUCAAAUGAAGGCUUUUAAUUGGCCUUUGAAUGAUCUUUCAUUGUUUUAAAUUACCAAGUAGUAGAAUGAGUUGAUUUUUUUUGCUAACCCGGUUUUCAAAAAUCCAGGUAUAAUUAUUGCGCAUAAAUCACAAAGGAACAACUCUAAAUUCGUUAAAGAUCUUUGAAAUGACUCUCAUAAUGAAUAAUAAUAAUAAUAAUAAUCAUAAUAAUAAUCAUAAUAAUAAUAAUGAUAAUGGUUUAUUUAACAGUUCCACGGGGUGGCUCUUGCCUGUUAAAUUACAUUAAAAAUAGAUUAAAUUACCUUAUUUACAAUUAAAAAAAGAUUGAUGGCGUAGAAAAGUGCGUAGAAGUAGGACUAACAGAUUUGAAGUUAGUGACAGUAAAAUUAAGUAAUCACUCUGCCAGAAAAACUUUCUUGAAAGUUACUCUUAAGAGGGUUCUGUAAUCUUCACAGUUUCUAAUAAAUUCUGGUACUUAUUGUUAAAAAGCAUCGACACAUUAUAAUCUUGGAAAGUGCCGUUUUCGGUCGGGACCGCUAAUCUAAGUCAUCUAAUGGAAUUGCUUGAGCUCAGCUCCCUGCGACAUUCCUGGCCUUUUUUAUUAUUUUUAGAUAAUCUGGCCAAGUGUCAAUGUUAUUCAAAGCUUUAAAGCAUGAUUUCAGGAGGUUGAAAUCCCUUCUCUCAUUAACUGGAAGCCAUCCGAUUUUAAGUACAUCCCAACGGUUCUUAACAUACAUGUGGUGACCGAGAAAACAAACUUUCGUACGUAUUCAGAAUUUUGGUGGAGGAUAACAAACCAGAUCAACAUAAUCUAGUUUCGACAAAAUCAAUGUUUCUGCUAGUUGCUCUCUACGCUCAAAUUUGGCAAGAUAUUUCAGCUGUCGUAGUACUGAUAGAGUGGUCUGAUAGAUAGCAUCCGGAUACGAUGCGAUCGAUCGAUCGAUAUUGAUGCGAUCGUCCCACUUAAGAUAUUAAUUGAUGUGAACUCCAAGCAGUUUGCAAGAUUUAAAAAGUUCCGAGUUUAUAACCACUGACUGAGAUGUUAGGACCAUACUCGACAAGGUGAUGUUCUCUGGACAUUUGCGGAGUGGAUAGGAUCAAAACUUUGGAUUUGUCGUAACUGUCAGAUCGGAGCAGAUUUGUCGCGGUAUUCUCCUUAGACCAGACACUUAGUUUAUUAAUUGAUUUGGUGAUAGUGUUUCUGCAGUUACUUCAGGUCAGAUACUUUAGCACAUUCGUAGAUUGUUGUGUUGGCUACAAGAAGCAUUUGACAUCUAAGCUAUCCCGAAGGCAAAGAUCAGUAACAUAAAUAUUGAAUAACACUGGACCCAAAAUGAACCCUUGCAGAACCCCAAAAUGCACGUUUUUAUCGUCUGAAUACUUGGCAUCGAUCUUCUUUAUGAUGCGUUACAUAAUUGAGUUUCUCUCAUGAUUGCAUGUUCUUUGUCGGCAAGCUAUUUUGGCAAAAAAGAAGCACUUUUCUAGGUAUAACCAUGCUCAUUUUCUUUGCAUGUGCUCGAAGUCAUUAUAUAUAGACAGAAGACAGCUCUCCUAACAGAAAGAUGUGUAUACUGUCUUAUACAUAGGUGUCCGUAACGCUUACUUGGUAAAUCCAUUGAUAUUAACUGUCCCGAGCAACCCUAGUGUACCCGGAAUGUUGGUAUUAUUUUUCUGAUCGAAUUUCCUCUUACUUUUUUUCAAAUUUAGCAGAGGAAACUACAACUCCAACUGCUAUUAUUAUAGGACCUGAUUUUCCAACUACAAGUUUUAAAUUUCCUUGGGAACACUAACAAGAUUUGAAGAGGUAAAGAUUAGAAAACUGCCAUCCCCAGGAAUAAUAAAUAAGGGGCUCCGUUUUUUAAACACAAGUCAAAGUAACGUAGAAAAUGCCUUCCAUACCCCUAGGUCACCUCCGCAAAUCCAACGAAUUGACCUUAAAAGUAGCCUGCAAAAACAUCUGUUUCUCCUCGCUCUUCGCCGCUGGGGACGUUUCGCGCAGAUACUGUGUUGUGUCACGAUAACAUUGUGUUGUGUUUCGAUAAACCUUUGUCGUGUUUAGAUAAUAGCGUGUUGUGUUUGGAAAAGUGUUUGUUGUGUUCAAGGAAUAUUUUGUUGUGUUUCAAGAACUGUUUGUUGUGUUUGCAGAUAUGGGCCACCGUAUUAACGCGAUACGUUAUAUUACUUAUUUGUAG